AUGGGUAGCAAAGAGGAUUGGGGCUGCUUUGCUGUGCGAUCUCUGGGCUGGGUAGAAAUGGCAGAAGAAGAUUUGGCUCCUGGAAAAAGCAGUGUUGCUGUGAACAAUUGCAUCAGACAACUCUCUUACUGUAAAAAUGAUAUCAGAGACACUGUUGGCAUCUGGGGAGAGGGCAAAGACAUGUACCUUAUACUGGAAAAUGACAUGCUGAACCUGAUUGACCCCAUGGACCGCACAGUUCUUCAUUCGCAGCCCAUUGUGAGCAUCAGAGUCUGGGGUGUGGGUCGUGACAACGGCCGAGACUUUGCUUAUGUGGCAAGAGACAAAGACACAAGAAUUCUGAAAUGUCAUGUGUUUCGAUGUGAUACACCCGCAAAAGCCAUCGCCACAAGUUUACACGAAAUCUGCUCAAAGAUUAUGGCCGAACGGAAGAAUGCUAAAGCUAUGGCUUGCAGCUCAUUGCAAGAGAGGACAAAUGUCACCCUUGAUGUUCCUCUGCAAGUAGAUUUCCCAACACCAAAGACAGAACUGGUACAGAAGUUCCACGUCCAGUACCUGGGCAUGCUACCUGUAGCUAAACCUGUGGGAAUGGAUACUCUGAACAGUGCCAUUGAAAGUCUAAUGGCUUCCUCUAGCAAAGACGACUGGAUGCCAGUCACCAUGAAUGUUGCCGAUGCUACUGUCACAGUCAUCAACGAAAGAAAUGAAGAGGAAAUCAUGGUGGAGUGUCGUGUGCGGUUCCUGUCCUUCAUGGGAGUAGGCAAGGACGUUCACACAUUCGCCUUCAUUAUGGAUACAGGAAACCAGCAUUUUGAGUGCCACGUUUUUUGGUGUGAACCAAAUGCGGGCAAUGUAUCGGAAGCUGUUCAGGCUGCUUGUAUGUUACGGUAUCAGAAGUGCUUAGUAGCCAGACCUCCUUCACAGAAAGUUCGGCCGCCCCCACCUCCUGCAGACUCGGUGACAAGAAGAGUUACAACUAACGUAAAAAGAGGAGUGUUGUCCCUCAUUGACACUUUGAAACAGAAACGCCCGGUCACUGAGAUGCCAUAGCUGCAUAAGAGAGAAGAUUCUCCUAACAUUUAACUGAAGAUAACAGUGGCUACGCUAAGGAAAAUGAACUGACGAUGUCUGGCCUUCCAUUUCAAAUUGCUGAUGCUUUGUCUUCAGAGAAUUUACCCUUAUCAAAACAAUGUUAGACAAGCAUGUUCUCUCAUUCUUGCCACCAUCGUGUGAUAUGAAAAGAAGCAUGAAUAAUUUUUUCACUGUCAGUGAGUUCCAUCAUGAGCAAUGGAAGGUCUGUUUGAUUGUAAAUACAUGAACAUUACCUAAACUCACACAAAAAAAGAAUAUGGCCACGUCCCUCUCAGUGAACUCGUGCUAAAGUCCUUGGAGU